AGCUGAGAGAGAGGCUGCAAAGGCAACACAUAGGGACACACUUAUCCACUCCCUCACUGUAAGAACUCGUGCACAUAGGAAGGGAAGAGAAGAGGAGAGACAAAACAUCCCAAGUGAAACUCAUGCCUUCCUCUUCCUUUCCGACCACCACCAGCGAUGUGUUCGAGAUGGGCAAGUACAAGGCCGCGCUCCGGAGAGUCGAGGCCUCGGCGUCUGCGUCUGCGCCGUCGUGCGUUGCUCCCGCGGACCCGCCUCCGAAGCCCCUCCUGAUCGCGUUCCCCGCGGACGCCCCCGGGGAAUUCCCGGUGCUGCUGUUCCUCCACGGCUAUCUCCUCUACAACUCCUUCUACUCGCAGCUCAUCCGGCACGUCUCGUCCCACGGGUUCGUCGUCGUCGCCCCUCAGCUAUACACCGUGGCCGGGCCGGACACGACCGACGAGAUCAACUCCGCCGCAGCGACCACAAACUGGCUGCACCGAGGCCUCGCUGGCCUCCUCCCGCCUCAAGUACGCCUGAACCUUGCCAAGCUCGCCGUCGCCGGCCACAGCCGGGGAGGCAAAGCCGCCUUCGGUCUCGCCCUCGGCAAGUCGCCAACCCCGCUCGCCCUCCCCUUCUCGGCCCUGCUCGGCAUCGACCCGGUCGACGGCAUGGACAAGGGCAAGCAGACCCCGCCUCCCAUGCUCACGUACGUCCCUCGCUCCUUCGUACUCGACAUGCCCGUGAUGGUCGUCGGUUCAGGCCUGGGCGAGAUAAAAAAGAACCCGCUCUUCCCGGCAUGCGCGCCGAGGGGCGUGAACCACGCGGACUUCUUCGCGGAGUGCCGGCCGCCCGCCUGCUACUUCGUCGCCGAGAAGUAUGGGCACAUGGACAUGCUCGACGACGAGACGCCGGGGGUGAGGGGGAAGGCCACGCACUGCCUGUGCAAGAAUGGGAGGGCCAGGGAGCCGAUGAGGAGGUUCGUGGGAGGGGUGGUGGUGGCGUUCUUGAGGGCUUAUUUGGAAGGCGACGACGUGAGCUUGAUGGGGUUGAGGGAUGGGCAUGAGGUCGCUCCUGUGGAGCUUCAGAAAGUUGAGUUUCUGCUGUGAAAGCUUCUGAGUAUGUUUUGGCUUUUUUCGCAGUAGGAGAGAAGAUCUAUGCUUUGUUACUGAUGUGUAGUUGUAAAUUUUGCAUCAUAUGGUUCGAGAAAACUUUGUUAUACCCCAAAGUUUGUAUGUGAAAUUUGCAAGAAAGUAAUGUCGAUUUGUGUA